AUGGACAAUAAAGUGAGGGAAGCGUUGAUAGCAUUGAAAACGUUUACAUCGAAACUCUUUAUACCGUUUUUCAUAUCGAGUGGCACUCUAUUGGGUUGGUUGAGACAGUGUGGUGUCAUUCCCUACACCUCAGACCUGGACACCGCAACAUGGGCUACGUAUGCCAGCCCUCAGCUCAUCGACAAAUUCAUUCAUAACGACGUUGUCCUCCGAUUAAAUGAACUCGACUUUAGAGUCGACUUAUUCUUCACGUAUAAGGAGGGCUCGAACUAUACAUUUACGGGACAUAUACCCCGAGAUAAGGCAUACUUCCGGUACAUAUACCCUAACUUUACCCUAUGUUCCGCUGAAUUGCUUGGACUCAAAGUACUGGUGCCCUGUAAUCCAGUCGACGUGAUCAGCGCAGAAUAUGGUCCCGAUUGGUAUAUACCCAAGGCAAACUGGUCAUAUUGUGAGUCGCCGUAUAACAUGAGCCCCCGUAUGAACUGGACAGAUAGUCAAACUGGG